AUGAUUGAAUUACCAGAUUUAUUUCAUGAAAAUCGAAUUGCUGAAUUAACACUAUCAUUAAUUCUUUAUGCACCUAUUGGUCUUUGUCUUGUACUUAUUCGUUCUAUUGCAUUAAUAUUUUUAUUUCUUAUUUCAUCUCUCUUACCUGCAAGUUUAUCUCUUGACCAAUUUAUAAAUGAAGCUAUAAGUUUUAUAUUAACAUUUAUUUAUGUUGACGAAGCUGUUCAAAAUCGACAUGAAGAUAAUAAAAAAACAACAAAAAUUAUUGUUGCUAAUCGAGUAUCUUGUUUGGAUUCGAUUGCAUUGAGAAGACUUUUUUCUAAUAAUAAAUGUAAAAUGAUAAAUUUAUGGAAAGAAAAUUCUUGCAUUAAUUAUUUCAAGUUAAAUUCAAUCAAUACUUCUCGUACACAAGAAGAUUUAUUGGAUUUAUGUGUCAAUGAAAUUCAAAAUUCUGGUUAUCAACUUCUCUUCUUACCUGAAUUUGAACCGACAACUGGUUCUGAUGGUUUGUUAAAGUUUAAUAUUUUGCCAUUUACUCUUGCGAAAAAGCUUCAAUUAUCUAUACUACCAGUCUGUCUUCGUGCUUCUCGUGCAUUUAAAAUUAGAACUAGUAUUUUCAAUAGUCAUCCAUUUACUGAUCUUUUCUGGUUUUUAUUCAGUCCUUAUACACGAUUUCAUAUAAAUUUUUUAUCAAGUAUCCCUCCAACAGAUUUAUCUUCCGAUGAAGUUUUCUGUGAACAAAUCCGUGAAACUAUGUGUCGAAAAAUGGGUAUAGAAUUGACUCAAUUCGAUGAACAACAAGUAUCUGAACUUAAAAAACGACCUGAUCUUGUUCAUCGUCGACAUAAUCAACGUCGAGUUGAAUUUCACCAAAUGAUUAAUCUUGUUCAUCAGCAAGUACCUCUUGCAUCAAUAGAAGCUAUUCGAUAUGAUCUUGAAAUAACUAAAAAUGUUCAAAGAACAAUUGCAAAUUUAAAUGAACGUGUUGCUGCAGCAACUCGAGCACCAAACAAAUCAACAUUAUCAACUACAUCUUCUCAUGCAAUAACAAAAUCUUCCGGUGGCAGUAAUCAUCGUCAACAAUAUAUUAUGUGUUUAGUUCAUCAUAAACGAUUUCGUUCUUCAUUUCACAGUGUUAUUAAUGAAUUUCGAAAUGAAAAACAUAUGGCAAUAUCAUUUUUACGUACAAUACCACGCCAAUGUUGUACAUGCCAUGAUGAAAAUGAAGAAACCAUAGAACCGAUAGUUGUUAUAAAAGAAGAGAAUGAAUUAAUAAAAUUAAAGAAUCUCACUGAACGAGUUAAUCAAGAAAAACAAACGGAUUCAAAAUUAAUUUUAUCGUUAAAUAUACUGAAAAAUCUUAUUGAAAAAAAUCGAUGUUCUACUCCAUUGUCAUCAGAAUCACACUCAAUUAAAAAGCAAAAACAACGUAAUCUAUCAUUUAAUCGCAGCAGUUCUUCAUCAAGCUCGAAAGACAGCAGUCCUUCAUCGAGUUCAACAAAUAGCAGUUCUCCAUCAGAUUCUGAUCAUAAAACUCCACGAAAAUCAAUUAAAAAUGGAACAUUUCUUUUCUUACCAUAUAAUUUCGAUCAUAAGGCUAAAACAGGAAGAUCUGAUAAUUUAUUAGAAGUAGCCAAAGAAUUGCAGCGUAAACAAUUUAUUGUUUGUACCCACUGA